AUGUCAAAUUUCAAGGUGAUCACAUAUUCCACCACCGAUCGCGUCACCUACCGAGAAAGUAAGGAUCAGGCAAUUCUGUCUGGAGUGGAUGAUUGCUCGAAAAUGGAGGAUAUUUUGGCAGCGGUGAUUCGACUUGGCCCAUGUGAAAUAGACUGGGACUACGACAUGAUUGUUGCUAUUCUAAGAAAGGCCCAUGAAAUUUUGUCACAGGAGCCUACACUUCUGGAGCUAACUGUUCCUGUCGCUAUUUAUGGGGACAUACAUGGGCAAUACAGUGAUAUCUGGAGGUGGUUUCAUGUGAACGGAUGGCCUCCUGAAACUCGCACUCUCUUCUUGGGAGACUAUGUCGACAGAGGUCGUCACAGCACAGAGGUAUUAAUGUUCGUACUUCUACUGAAGGUUGUGCUACCUAAAAGUGUAUUUAUAUGUCGAGGCAAUCAUGAAGAGCCAGUUGUUAAUAAAACGUACAACUUCUAUAGCGAAGUAAAAACGCGAUAUCCGAAAUCUUUCAAGAAAUUGUACAAAAAAAUCGCGGAUGUGUUCGCCGUAAUGCCAAUAGCGUGCCUGAUCAGCAACCAGGUUAUCUGUAUGCAUGGUGGACUGUCGCCUAAAAUACAGACAGUUGCUGAAAUAGCAGCGCUACGAAGACCGCUUUCGAAGGACAGUAAACCCGGAACACACAUUGAUAUUUUGUGGUCUGACCCUCAUCCGUACAAAUGGACAUAUGAGGUGAGCACUGCAAUAAGCAAAUAG